AUGGAUUCGUACGGGAAAAGGAACGUACCAUAUGAGAACGCACCAGCUGAGAACGCACCAUAUGAGAACGCACCAUAUGAGAACGCACCAUAUGAGAACGCACCAUAUGAAAACGCACCAGCUGAGAACGCACCAUAUGAGAACGCACCAUAUGAGAACGCACCAGCUGAGAACGCACCAUAUGAGAACGCACCAUAUGAGAACGCACCAUAUGAGAACGCCCCAUAUGAGAACGCACCAUAUGAGAACGCACCAGCUGAGAACGCACCAUAUGAGAACGCCCCAGCUGAGAACGCACCAUAUGAAAACGCACCAGCUGAGAACGCACCAUAUGAAAACGCACCAGCUGAGAACGCACCAUAUGAAAACGCACCAGCUGAGAACGCACCAUAUGAGAACGCACCAUAUGAGAACGCACCAGCUGAGAACGCACCAUAUGAGAACGCCCCAGCUGAGAACGCACCAUAUGAGAACGCCCCAUAUGAGAACGCACCAGAUGAGAACGCACCAUAUGAGAACGCACCAGCUGAGAACGCCCCAUAUGAGAACGCACCAUAUGAGAACGCACCAUAUGAGAACGCACCAUAUGAGAACGCACCAUAUGAGAACGCACCAUAUGAGAACGCCCCAUAUGAGAACGCACCAGCUGAGAAUGCACCAUAUGAGAACGCACGAGCUGAGAACGCACCAUAUGAGAACGCACGAGCUGAGAACGCACCAUAUGAGAACGCCCCAUAUGAGAACGCACCAUAUGAGAACGCCCCAUAUGAGAACGCACCAUAUGAGAACGCACCAUAUGAGAACGCCCCAUAUGAGAACGCCCCAUAUGAGAACGCCCCAUAUGAGAACGCACCAUAUGAGAACGCACCAGCUGAGAACGCCCCAUAUGAGAACGCACCAUAUGAGAACGCACCAUAUGAGAACGCACCAUAUGAGAACGCACCAUAUGAGAACGCACCAUAUGAGAACGCCCCAUAUGAGAACGCCCCAUAUGAGAACGCACCAUAUGAGAACGCCCCAUAUGUGAACGCACCAUAUGAGAACGCACCAACUGAGAACGCCCCAUAUGAGAACGCCCCAUAUGAGAACGCCCCAUAUGAGAACGCCCCAUAUGAGAACGCCCCAUAUGAGAACGCACCAUAUGAGAACGCACCAUAUGAGAACGCACCAGCUGAGAACGCCCCAUAUGAGAACGCCCCAUAUGAGAACGCACCAUAUGAGAACGCACCAUAUGAGAACGCACCAUAUGAGAACGCACCAUAUGAGAACGCACCAUAUGAGAACGCACCAUAUGAGAACGCCCCAUAUGAGAACGCACCAUAUGAGAACGCACCAUAUGAGAACGCACCAUAUGAGAACGCACCAGCUGAGAACGCCCCAUAUGAGAACGCCCCAUAUGAGAACGCCCCAUAUGAGAACGCCCCAUAUGAGAACGCACCAUAUGAGAACGCACCAUAUGAGAACGCCCCAUAUGAGAACGCACCAGCUGGGAUCCGGCUAGAACCGGCAUAA